CAGUGCAGCUGUUUUUUAAAGUUUUUUUUUUUAUAAGAACCUGAUUAAUACCAACAUGUAAGUGUUUUGUUAUAGUUUUAUAGUGUAACAGUUUAAUCACGACAACCUUUUUUUCAGAACCCUGACAUGUCUGGUCCUACCUGGCCGCCUCCAAAGACUCUGGGUAGCCCGGAGAGACCCGUCCCCCAGAUGUCCGACUCUGGACCAGCCGUGUACAGACAGCCGCCCAAGAAGGUCUCCUCGGACACCCGGCCCAAGUAUGUGGUCCAUGACCAGAACAGAGGAGGAGGAAUGGCCACUAGGUACUUGGCCUCUGGACCCACAGCUGGGCCCAUGCAGCACCACCACCAAGAGGACCCAGGGUUUCACCCUAAAUCUAUUGACCACUACUACAAACCACCUCCCCAAGGGCUCGAAGAAGACCACCAGCUGAUGGGACCUCCUGAUAAGCCGUUUGGACACCAUUCCAUCAUCGAUGCAGAGAUUGACUCGCUCACCCGCAUGCUGGAUGAUCUGGACAGCUAUUCACAAAACAGCACACAGCUGUACGACAACGUGCCUUACAACAAACAUAUCACAGGGGACCGCUACAAACCCUCAGCCCAGCCAGGAGCACCCUCUCAGGGCAGGUUGUUCAUGGGUCUCCCCCCUCACCCCCAACACCAGUACCGUCCUACACCCCCAUUCCCAGAGAUACCCUGUACUUCACCCAGCCAGACUACGCCGAUGCCCAUGUCUCCAAACCCUACCCCCAGCCUGUCCCUUCCGCUUACACUACAGCCUCCACCACUACUUGCCCGAGGUUUAGCGUCCAGGACAAAACAGCCCAGCCUGUAACCUACUCCCAGACAGGUAGGCAAGCUGAGCAGGGUUACACCCCUCCCCCACAUCACCAGCACGCUCUGCGCCCCUCGCCCCCAGAAUCAGACUGUCCCUCAUGGCUGGUACCCUUCCAACCCUGCUUCCCAAGCCCGGGAGCUGCACUCUGAGAGGGGUUACAAGGGGAGUGCCGCAGGGUCUGGAGGGAGAGUCACCAAGUGCCCCACGUCCAAUAGAGGCACAGAGACAAAAAAAUCAGGGUCAUGCUCUGCAUGUCAGCCC